AUGCAGCGAAAGGAGGAGCCUGCGCGCCGUAUAUCAUUUAUGAGCAACGAAACGUCUCCAUACGCGUCUCUGCUGAUGAAGUUACGCGCCAGCCGCGAAGGGUCCAUGACUUCGACUAUUCCAACCCCGCCGUUCUUCAGAUCCCUAAUGUCACAGCAAAGUGAAAGCACCUAUCGAAGCAGUCAACAAUCGGACAAUUUGGGACCAUUGGAUACACUGCUCCUGGACAUGGUACGAUCGCGGAGCAGAGAAGUCCAAGAUGAAGUUCACGAUACAACACCUGCACUACCGAGAGAACGUGAAAAAGUUUUAGAAGAUCAAACUUACGAGUCAUGCGUCCACGGUUUGAAUUUUCGCAUGACAGACCGCAGCGUAUCACGGUCACGUUUCUCGCGAGUAUCAACCCGUCGAGAUAUGGACAUACCUUCGAUUUUAGCAUUCACAGCCUCUGUUACAUCUCCGGCUGAGCUACAAAUACCUGCCUUCCAAAAACCAGCUUCUCCUGAGAAGCAGGAGCUUCCAAGAUGGUCAAUCCGACGUUCUGUGUGUCCAGUGUGCUCACAGAAGUGGCGAGAUCGCAGCUCUCUCAAAAAUAUUAAAUAUUCCGGUCUCAAAAGAAACCUCUCGAAUGAUCUGCCAUCAGUUAUUGCUCCAGCUCGUUUAAGGGCGGCGGCUACAGUUGGAUACACCCCACGACCAAUUCCUGCAGCCGUGGACAAAGAUAUCGGUCUAGUUCAUGGUAGUUUUCGAAAUACAAGUAAUACUUGGCAACUAACUCGCGCUCGAAGAUUUCGUAUACCAAAACUCCGUCAACCACCACCGGAAGACUUGGCUCCCAUCAGCUCAACAGCACCAACAGCGAAGAAAGAUCUAGACUUACGAGUUCACCGCUUCCUUAGUGAUGAAUUUAAAAUUAAUUAA